UUCCGUGAGAGGCCUUGCCGAGCCUGGGGGCUAACCAGGGAGGGCAGUCCGUAGAGAAGAAGUUAGCGUGUAAAACUGUUGGUUUCUACGCAACUGCGGUUUUAUUAUCAUCAUUUCAAAUGCUUUACUUGAAAAUAAGAUAAAAAAGUUUGAUCCUGUGCUUGGAUGCAGGUACCUGUCUGUUGCAGGCACUGACAGCUGUCAGAAGGUGGCUCCAAAUCACGCUUCUGUUUAGGGAAUUGCUGUAUACAAAUUACCUCAGCUUUUUGAUAAGCAGACAUGGCUGUCACGCUGCAUACUGAUGUAGGAGAUAUUAAAAUUGAACUAUUCUGUGAGCGUACGCCAAAGACUUGCGAAAAUUUCCUGGCUCUUUGUGCUAGUAACUACUACAAUGGCUGCGUAUUUCACCGGAAUAUAAAGGGCUUCAUGGUUCAGACAGGGGAUCCACUAGGCACUGGGAAAGGAGGUAACAGCAUCUGGGGCAAGAAGUUUGAAGAUGAAUUCAGUGAAUACCUAAAGCACAGUGUCCGUGGAGUAGUUUCAAUGGCAAACAAUGGUCCGAAUACCAAUGGAUCGCAGUUCUUCAUCACUUACGGCAAGCAACCGCACCUAGACAUGAAGUACACUGUCUUUGGGAAAGUUAUUGAUGGCUUGGAGACCCUGGAUGAGCUGGAGAAGCUGCCUGUGAAUGAGAAAACCUACCGACCUCUUAAUGAUGUUCACAUUAAAGAUACUACAAUUCAUGCCAACCCUUUUGCUUUGUAGCCACAGAAUGCCUCAACACAUUCUUUGGAGACUGGUCAGAUCGGCUGCUGGAUUAUGGGGUUUAAAGUGUUAUUAAGAAGGGUUACUUGAGCUGGAUCAUACUUUGCUCAUUGAAUGCAGGAUUUUCAGGAGUUAUGACAUUGUUUGGGAGUUGGUACAGGGAAGUCUUGUGCUUUAGAAGCCAGUUUUUCCAGAGUAUCUUCUGGGGUUUUUAUUUUUAAACAUUGCUUUUUAUACUUGUAAAAUAAGAAAAGACUUUUAAAAAUAUUUUUUUGCAAAUCUUUGUUUCCUGCCUUAUCUUUCCUAGUGAUACUAUGUUAAAUCAAUGUCCUUUGCUGCAAUUUCAUACUACCAGUUUUCUGAAACUUUCCCAUGUGACUUCUAACCUAAGGAUACUUCACUGAUUUUUAGAAAAUUGAGUAGGAUAGGCAGUUUUUUCCCCUAGGUGAGACAAGUGUCAUAGGGAGAUGAAACCUUUCUCUCCUAGAGGAUUAAAGACUGUAUUUAGAGGAGUGCUUGCUCCUGCACUGCUGUGUUGGAAUAAUAACCUCUUCAGCCUCCACAAAACAAUCACUUCUGCCUCUGGCACAAUGCUUUUGGUAUGAAAGAGUAAGUGUUUGUGUCUUUAUAUAGCUGUUGAUUGAAACUAGGUAACCAUGGAUUUACUGUAACUCGUUUUUCAUCACUUUAUUGCACAAACAGUCAGGGGUAAACAUAACAAAGAGUAGUGACAAAAAGACUGUGGUCAGACUUCUAACCAAGAAUAUCAUAAUACACCCAAAAUAAUAAAAGAUACUGUCGCCAAGAUGGUGUUGAACAAGUAAGAGAGCGCUGCUGUUUGGUCUUGUUUGAGACCAAAUGUUGGACUCAAAGCCUGCAAGAGGGUACAGAGAUAUUUGAAUACUGACUGGUCAAGAGGAAAAAUAAAAUACAUGCAUACAUAUGCAUGUGUGUAUAUAUAUAUAUUGCUGAUCCUAUGCUCAAGUCACUUAGUAUAGUAAGCAUAAAAUAAAGUGACUUAAGCAGGGAAGAGAGUGAUUUGUACACAUCAAAAAAGCAGUUCUCCACCGUGGGCAUACUGGGAAAAGCAGAAUGUUCUACUCUUCCUUGAAAUCUCCUUGUAGAGUUAAAAAAUGCAUUUUGUCAUCAGUUUGGUUUCACGAAGCAGGAAGAAACCAACUCAUUUCCACAGAGGUUCAUUUUCUGACUUUAUAGGCAUGAGGGUAUAUUUCUAAUUCCAGCUGUGCAUGAGAGACCUGGACAGGAGAGAAUGCCCACAGCUCCUGCAUCCAGCUCCUACUGUUCUGGACUUCUUCCCCCAAUCCUCCUUGGACUCAGUCAGUAUCUCUUAAAAAAAAGAAGUCCAUUCUCAUGUAUGUGCCUUGUAAUCCUUGGGGGGUCCAGGUCCAGCUGACUUGCAGGCUGCUUCAGACCAGUAUUUCCCACUUUGAGAUUUUGCCUCUUAAAAUAAAGAGGAGAAGUUAUUUGCAAGAGAAAGGCAAAGGUAUGCCAGGUACAGAUCCCUGAGGUGUUAAUGAGGAGGUUAAUCAGUACCCUCUCUCUGAGACAAAGUUUCUGUAUUCUGUAUGGGGUGUUGCUUAAAGCUCCUAGCCCUUGCUCCAGAUUUAAU